AUGAGCCUGGCGAGUGCAGCAUUGUCGGCGUCUGGCUUCCCGGGUGGGGCACGCCAGCGAGACUUGAUGAUGGAGCAGAAAGUCAGUAAGCUGACGUCUGGCUUCCAACGCAGCUCCACCUCCGAUGAUGACUCAGGCUGUGCUCUGGAAGAGUACGCCUGGGUACCACCUGGCCUUAGGCCUGAACAGGUCCAGUUAUAUUUCUCCUGUCUGCCUGAGGAUAAGAUCCCCUAUGUCAACAGUCCAGGAGAGAAGUUCAGAAUCAAGCAGCUCCUCUAUCAACUGCCACCCCAUGAUAAUGAGGUGCGUUACUGCCAGUCCCUCAGCGAGGAGGAGAAGAAGGAGCUACAUAUGUUCAGUGUCCAGAGGAAGAAGGAAGCUCUGGGGAGGGGUACAAUAAAGCUGCUGCCCCUGAAUCUUCUGAACAGCCUUUGUGAGCAUUGCGGUGAAAACAUCAAUGGUGGAGAAAUGGCAGUGUUUGCCUCAAGGGUGGGGCCUGGUCUGUGCUGGCACCCUGCAUGCUUUGCCUGCUUCACAUGUAGAGAACAGCUGGUAGAUUUGAUCUACUUCUACCAUGAUGGAAAGAUCCACUGUGGAAGGCACCAUGCUGAGCUCCUAAAACCACGCUGCUCAGCCUGCGACGAGAUUAUUUUUGCUGAUGAGUGCACAGAGGCAGAGGGGCGCCACUGGCACAUGAAGCACUUCUCCUGUUUUGAAUGUGAGACAAUUCUGGGGGGGCAGCGCUACAUCAUGAAGGAUGGAAGACCGUACUGCUGUGGCUGCUUUGAGUCUCUCUAUGCAGAGUAUUGUGAGGCUUGUGGAGAACACAUUGGCGUUGAUCAUGCCCAAAUGACCUAUGAUGGGCUUCAUUGGCAUGCCACUGAGAGCUGCUUCAGCUGUGCCCAGUGUAAGAGUUCUCUACUGGGAUGCCCCUUUCUGCCACACCAGGGUCAUAUUUACUGCUCCAAGAACUGCAGUCUUGGGGAAGAUGUACAUGCCUCUGACUCCUCCGACUCUGCAUUCCAGUCAGCACGCUCACGUGAAUCCAGACGCAGUGUUCGCAUGGGCAAAAGCAGUCGCUCGGCUGAUCAAUGCAGACAGUCACUCCUCUUCUCACCUUCUGCCAACUAUAAGUUCCCUGGCUUCAGUGGAAAUGCUGAUGACACCCUGACCAACAAGCUGGCCCACAUGAACUUAUCCGAUGAGCAUUUUUGGAGAGGACGUGGUGAGGAGACUGAGGCACCUGAGGACCAAGAGGAGGAGUGGGCUGAGCAUGAAGACUACAUGACUCAGCUGUUAUUAAAGUUUGGAGAGCACGGGGUCUUUCAGCAAGCCAAUGAUUCCAGACCGACAGAUUUCUGGAUAGCUGAAAAGGAUGCAAAGUUGAAGCAGGAAUCUUCUACAGCUGGUGGCGGCAGUGGAGGAGGAAGGGGCAGUCUGGCCAGUAAGAAGUACCAGGCUGACAUGUACUGGGCCCAGUCACAGGAUGGGCUAGGGGACUCAGCCUAUGGUAGUCACCCGGGCCCAGCAAGCAGCAGAAAAAUCCAGGAGUUGGAGCUGGAUCAUGGGGCUGGAGGAGGCUUCCAAGGAGAGGAGCCAAGAUGGUACAAUGACUCUUUGGAGUGUAUCACAGAUGAGUUUAAGAAAACAGAUCAGAGUGUCAGAGACUCCAUGGACUCACUGGCUCUCUCCAAUAUAACAGGGGCCUCAGUAGAUGGUGAUAGUAGAGAUAGACCUUUGGUUUAUUCCUUGCAAGGAUUCCAUGAACUGGAAACAGAAGACUGUGAGAAAAGCAGUAAUAUGGGCACCCUCAACUCUUCUAUGUUACACAGAAGUGCAAAUUCCCUGAAGAGCCUUGUAUUUGAGCAGGAGGAGGUGGAGGAAAUUGUUCCAGAGGAGGAGGUGGUGGCUCUGCCAGUGGACAGUCCCAAACCUCAGGUCCCUGCAAUCAGAAGGACACGUUCACAGUCUAGGCCUCAGCAGGUCAAAUUCUCCGAUGAUGUGGUUGACAAUGGUCAUUAUUGUGAUCUCCCAGUGCGUCAACCCCCCAUGAGUGAACGGACUCGAAGGAGAGUGUACCACUUUGAGGAACAGGGCCAGGGACUUCAAUCUGGCCGACCCCAUCAUCACCACCACAGGAGACGCCGCAGUCGCAAGUCACGCUCGGACAAUGCUCUUAACCUUCUGCCCAAGGAGAGGGCCCAGAUGAGCUACAAAGUGGACCAAAGAGGGAACGGCAUUGGCCCUAAUGGGCACCAAGCCAUCCAUGGCCGACCAAGUCCUUCUGCUUUGUCCGACUGUGGGCAACAAGGCCCAGCCAUGGGGAGGUUCUUGGGGCUGUAUGGGGAUGAUGAUGACUGGUGCUCCACAUGCUCAUCUUCUUCCUCUGAUUCUGAGGAGGAGGGCUUUUUCCUGGGUCAACCCAUUCCUCAGCCUAGGCCCCAUAGACACUACUACGCUGAUGACUUGCCCAGCCCUGUGGUAGGCAUGUCUUCCUCUCCUUAUGGCCAAUGGACUAAGUCCAAAAAGAAAAAAGGACACAAGGGGAAAAACUGUAUCCUUUCAUAGGCUUUCUUUACUCACUUAUCCUCAGCUUUGGAUAAUGCUGACAUACACCUGUCACUGCUUGCUAUUAAUUGCUUUAGAGUACUCAAUUCACCAAGGUGUUUGUGUAAGACACAAGUCCCCAUACUAAUUUUUCAUAGGUGUUCACUUCUGUAGCAUAACAACCUGCAAGUAAGACAGUAUUUGAGAGUAAUGUAUAUUUAUAAAGCACCAUCUGAACUGUAACAGUGCAGAUAUAAAUGUAUAUAUUGUAGAAAAAAAGGCUAUUUUUUUAUACCCUUACGUUAAUGGCAGGCUCUGUACCAAAAUGCCUUAAACAUUUAAUUAUGGUAAAUGGUACAGAGACAUUUUCCAUGAGGGUAUCAGAAAUGUAAUGGCAAAUUGACUCUGACCCAAGCUCUUCAAAUGUGUUUUGUUCCAGGCUUGUGCACCGCAAACAUAUUAAGAGAAACACUGAGUGUAUUAAAAGGCCUGGUUGAGUGGUGUAUUUAUGGUUCACUAUAUCGUAAGCAAAUCAUUGUAAUCUGUAUAAAUGUACAAACUGGAAUAUAAGGCUAAGAUAGAUGAUAAUUGUAAUAAAAAUAUCUAUAUAUCUUG